AUGUUGAAAGAUAAACGACUUCUUGCCGUCGGAUCCGGAAUCAUUUUUUGGAUUCUUUACAGGAAUAGGAAACAAAUUAGGGUGUAUUUGAGAAAUAAGAUAGACAGUUUGCUUGACUCAGACAACUAUGAAAGCGAAGUAGAAGUUAUAACAGAGUAUAUCAUGAUACCCAAGGAAGCUGUACCGGAUAUUAUAGGAAAGAAUAGUGCAGCUAUACGAAAGAUAGAAAGACAAACGAAGGUGUUUUUACGUAUUGUUCCCUUGUCUGGUAUGAAGGAGAAGGAAGAAUCGUUGAAGGAUCUAUUCAGUUGGGAUGUCGAACUGGGAGAGUUCAAGAUCAACUUCAAUGUGGACGUUCACACACAGUCUUUCAUCAAACUGCAAUCGUGUAGCCGUGAGAGGAUUGAACUAGCUUGUACAGCUCUGAAAUCGGUAUUAUCUCAGAUACAAGAGAAAUGUAUCAAAUAUUCGUUUGAUGUUCCAAAAGUAGUUAUAGGUCAUAUCAUUGGUGUUGGAGGCCGUAACAUCAAGAAAAUUGCUUCGAUGCAUAAUGUGAAAAUCCGAAUUGGAAAAAGUGAUGAGCAAGAUGAACGAAGUGUAAUUCAUCUGUAUGGGAACCAAGAAAGAGUUAUUAUGGCCAAAGAUGCUAUCUGUAGAUCUAUGCGUCGCCAAGGAGACCAACGUGUUGAAGAUGAAUUAGAACAAGCUUUUCAGGAACUCUCCUACACAGAAAGUUUGACUGGCGAGUUAAAAAAUGACGAGUACUGGUAG